AAAAGUUCUUAUUAAUAGGAGCCUUGGCUGAGGCUCGGCUCGGCUCUCGGGCGCGUCUGUCUGCCGCCGCCGGGCCGCCCGCGGUGUCGCCGGGGGAGGAUGAGCGUGAUCGACCACGUGCGGGACAUGGCGGCCGCGGGGCUGCACUCCAACGUGCGGCUCCUCAGCAGCCUGCUGCUGACCAUGAGUAAUAACAACCCUGAACUGUUUUCCCCAUCUCAGAAGUACCAGCUUUUGGUGUAUCAUGCAGACUCUCUCUUUCACGAUAAGGAGUAUCGGAAUGCCGUAUGUCUUCCAUCUGAAAUUGAAGUGAAAUACAAAAUGGCUGAGUGUUACACAAUGCUGAAACUGGACAAAGAUGCCAUCGCUGUGCUCGACGGGAUCCCUUCAAGACAGAGGACUCCCAAAAUAAACAUGAUGUUGGCAAACCUGUACAGGAAGGCUAGUCAGGAGCGCCCAUCAGUCACCAGCUAUAAGGAGGUCCUGCGGCAGUGCCCCUUGGCCCUUGACGCCAUUCUAGGUUUGUUAUCCCUUUCUGUCAAAGGUGCAGAGGUGGCGUCAAUGACGAUGAAUGUGAUCCAGACUGUGCCCAACCUGGACUGGCUGUCCGUGUGGAUUAAAGCCUAUGCCUUUGUGCACACUGGCGACAACUCGAGAGCCAUCAACACCAUCUGUUCACUAGAGAAAAAGUCCUUACUGCGAGACAACGUGGACCUGCUGGGGAGCUUGGCAGACCUGUACUUCAGAGCAGGAGACAGUAAGAACUCCGUCCUCAAGUUUGAACAGGCGCAGAUGUUGGAUCCUUAUCUGAUAAAAGGAAUGGACGUCUACGGCUACCUGCUGGCGCGGGAAGGGCGACUGGAGGACGUGGAGAACCUCGGCUGCCGUCUCUUCAACAUAUCCGACCAGCAUGCGGAGCCCUGGGUGGUCUCCGGAUGCCACAGCUUCUACAGCAAGCGCUACUCUCGGGCCCUCUACUUGGGCGCCAAGGCCAUUCAGCUGAACAGCAACAGCGUCCAGGCCUUGCUCCUCAAAGGCGCAGCGCUCAGGAACAUGGGCAGAGUCCAGGAAGCCAUCAUACACUUUCGGGAGGCCAUAAGGCUCGCACCUUGUCGCUUAGACUGUUACGAAGGUCUCAUAGAAUGUUACUUAGCGUCCAACAGCAUUCGAGAAGCCAUGGUGAUGGCCAACAACGUUUACAAAACUCUGGGUGCGAACGCGCAGACCCUGACGCUCUUAGCCACGGUGUGCCUGGAGGACCCGGUGACGCAGGAGAAAGCCAAAACGCUGUUAGAUAAGGCGCUGGCCCAGAGGCCGGACUACGUCAAAGCCGUGGUGAAGAAAGCCGAGCUGCUGAGCAGGGAGCAGAAAUACGAAGAUGGAAUUGCUCUGUUGAGGAAUGCCCUGGCCAAUCAGAGCGACUGCGUCCUGCAUCGGAUCCUGGGGGACUUCCUGGUGGCCGUGAACGAGUACCAGGAGGCGAUGGACCAGUACAGUAUCGCACUGAGUUUGGACCCCAACGACCAGAAGUCUCUGGAGGGGAUGCAGAAGAUGGAGAAGGAGGAGAGUCCCACAGAUGCUACUCAGGAGGAAGAUGUGGACGACAUGGAAGGGAGCGGCGAGGAAGGGGACCUGGAGGGCAGCGACAGUGAGGCGGCCCAGUGGGCUGACCAGGAGCAGUGGUUCGGCAUGCAGUGACGGCGGCAGCCCUGGGGACUCCUGGACGGACGCUGUGGGAGGACUCCCUGUCCGGUUCCCCACCUCGUAGUCGGGACUUGAGCAGCCUGAUGUCUGUCCUUCUUGCUUUGCUGAGGACUGAGAGCGACCCAAGCCGCCCACUCACCAGGCUCUGGGGUUCUGAGGUGCCCGGCGGAAGAUGCUUUUCCUCGACAGGAAUGGGUUCACAGGACACAUGCACGGGGUGGCCCUGUCAGGUGUCUGGUUCCCGGGAGUCAUGGUGCUGGGUCCGCCACGCUCCCUGCUAGGAAUGGCGUUGUUCUGGCGGGGCAGUUUCCCUGUGCCUCAGUGACUGCGGAGCAGUCCUGGGCCUCGGUGCGGGCAGAUCUGAGAAGCAGCAUGAUGGGAGCAUGGGCCACACCAGGGCCGUUCAACUAAUAAAACUGUUCGGUGGGUCACAGUGGA